AUGGAGCCCUUCUCGUCUCGUCUACCGGCCGAUCCGCUUCACCACUUCCUCAUGCUGCGGUCCCAGUUACCAGAUUCUGAUAUGGACUAUGAGAGGCCCAACGUUGAAACCAUCAAGUGUGUGGUGGUGGGAGACAAUGCCGUUGGGAAGACCCGCCUUAUCUGUGCCCGGGCCUGCAAUGCCACGCUCACUCAGUACCAGUUACUUGCAACACAUGUGCCCACAGUGUGGGCAAUAGACCAGUACAGAGUGUGCCAGGAGGUACUAGAGCGCUCCAGGGAUGUUGUGGAUGAUGUCAGUGUGUCCCUUCGCCUCUGGGAUACAUUUGGAGACCAUCAUAAGGACCGGCGUUUUGCAUAUGGCAGGUCUGAUGUGGUGGUGCUGUGUUUCUCCAUUGCCAACCCCAACUCUCUUUACCACGUCAAGACCAUGUGGUACCCUGAAAUCAAGCACUUCUGCCCCCGUGCUCCGGUCAUCUUGGUGGGCUGUCAGCUGGACCUGCGCUAUGCAGAUUUGGAGGCAGUCAACAGGGCUCGAAGGCCCUUAGCAAGACCCAUUAAAUCCAACGAGAUCCUGCCUCCAGAGAGAGGCCGUGAGGUGGCCAAGGAGUUGGGGGUGCCGUACUAUGAGACGAGUGUCGUAGCUCAGUUUGGAGUUAAGGACGUCUUCGAUAAUGCUAUUCGAGCUGCACUAAUUUCACGACGCCACCUACAGUUUUGGAAAUCUCACUUACGAAAUGUUCAGCGCCCCCUCCUUCAGGCCCCCUUCUUGCCCCCCAAACCUCCCCCACCAAUAAUCACUGUACCCCCUCCCCCAACCACCACAGAGGAGCAUCCAGGACGUCUUCUGGAGGACCCGCAUUGUGCUGAUGUCAUCCUGGUCCUACAGGAGCGACAGAAAAUCUUUGCGCACAAGAUAUACUUGGCUACAUCCUCUUCCAAGUUCUAUGACCUCUUUAUCAUGGAGACGCAACCUGAGGAGAACGAGAGGCCACCACGCGGUCUCUCCGGCCGAGAGCUGCUGAUGCGUGCUGCCAGUUUUGAUGUAUGUGAGAGUAGUGAUGAUGGGGACAGAGCCAACCUACGGGCUUGCACUAGCGAUGGCACCCUGAGGGACACUGAAGGGAGCCGGCGGGGUAGAUUGCUUGCCUCGUGGAGCAGAGCCUUUGUCAGCAUCCAGGAGGAGUUGGUGGAUGACCCGGUGACCUACAGCCCCAGGCCCAUGACCGUAGUGCACAUGGACCAGUCCAUGCAGCUUGGUCCGUUUCGUGCGGUGCUUCGUUACCUGUACACAGGCCAGCUGGACGAGCACGAAAAGGAGCUGAUGCACAUUGCACACAUCGCUGAGCUGCUGGAGGUCUUUGACCUGAGGAUGAUGGUGGCAAACAUACUGAACAAUGAAGCCUUCAUGAAUCAGGAGAUCACCAAAGCCUUCCAUGUACGGCGCACCAACAGAGUCAAAGAGUGCUUGGCCAAAGGCACCUUCUCUGAUGUAGUGUUCAAGCUAGACGAUGGGACGAUCAUGGCCCAUAAGCCCUUACUCAUUUCGAGUUGUGACUGGAUGGCAGCUAUGUUUGGCGGUCCUUUCGUGGAGAGCUGCACCAAAGAGGUGCUGUUCCCCAAUACGACUCGCAGCUGUAUGAGAGCUGUGCUGGAAUAUCUCUAUACCGGGCGGUUCUGUUCCCGACCUGACCUAGAUGCAAUGGAGCUCAUUGUUCUUGCAAACCGUCUUUGCCUCCCCCACUUGGUUGCACUGACAGAACUGUACACGGUAACGGUGUUGAUGGAGGCGGCAAUGAUGGGGACCGAUAUCGACGGAGACGUUCUGGCGUACCUGGAUAUGGCCCAGUUCCACUGUGCCCAGCAGCUCACUGGGUGGUGCCUUCACCACAUCUGCACCAACUAUAACAGCGUAUGCCGCAAAUUUCCCCGAGACAUGAAGGCCAAGUCUGCAGAGAACCAGGAGUAUUUCGAAAAGCACCGCUGGCCGCCGGUGUGGUACCUGAAGGAGGAUGACCACUACCAAAGAGCACGCAAAGAGCGCGACAAGGAAGACUACCUGUACCAGAGACGACAGUGUAAACGCAAGUGGUUGUUCUGGAACCUUCCUUCCUCCCCCUCCUCCAACUCUCCUUCUUCUGGCUCGUCCGCGGUCAUCUGA